AAAUUCACAUAACCCCUCUUUGAGUAUCUUCAGAAGCGAGGUCGGUGUUGUCUAGCCCUAGGUUCCACAUCUAAGUUAUGCAACAGAACCAAGUUCUGAAAACGUUAUUUCCACUCUUCCUCCCCUUACCCCCCUCCACUCCCAUCAACCUAGUCCCAACCUGGAUUUGAACUUAAUUUAGUGCUGUUAAAGUUUGGAAGAAAGGGAAUCCUCUCUAUGGAACUGAAUCUAGUUAUUCUAAUCAAAAACAAAAAAAAAGUGAAGUGGUUUACUUCACGGUGGAAAGGAACGAAGAACUGAACCCUAAAGAAAGAAACCCCGCGCAGCUUUGCUGUGAGGCGCCAGUGAGCCGCCACAGCAAAGACUGUCAGAAGGGGCGGGAGCGACGCCGGGCUGGCCGCCAGCCCGCGGAGGAAGCAGGGCCCGCCCUCGGCCGCCGUUUCCCGCGCCCGCGGACGGUUGCCUCCGCGACGCUAUGAGGCAGCCUGCGGAAUACCACGUACCUUGUGCCCGAGUUUUGUUCGAGGAGGCGGCGGUUGGACGCGCGGGCGGCCCUCACCCGGAUCAGCUGGGAUUACGGUUAGGGAUGUGGUACUGGAGAGAUGAAACCAGGAGUCUUGAAUUCAGGAGUUUUACACCUGCGGUAGAAUUCAAGGAAAGAGGAAAGAGAGGCAAAGCAGUUCACUUUGCUGAAAUUGACGGUACAGCUUCAGACAGGUUGACAGAUAAAAGGUUUGCUUUAAGAGAGGAUAAGUCAGCCAAAGGCUUAGAGAAACGGAGUCAGCAGGGCAACGUUACACUCCACGAUGUUAAAUUUGUUGCUUUGCUUUUGCUACAAGAUGCUGAGAUGCAGCGUAUCUGUUCUUUUUCAACGUUUAUGAGGAAUAAGCACCUUGACGAUUUCCUCAUGGCGUUAUUAUACUAUUUAUAUUACUACUUGGAAAAAAUCUCACUGGAAAAGAAACCCAAAAGCUAUAUGGUGGGCCUUGUAGAGAAAAAAGAGAUGGAACUGAUUAUCAGUAAGUUAGAACUAGCGCAGAAAUGCUUGGCGCAGAAGUACUGUGUGCUGGUCCUGGGCUUGGGAAUGCCUGAUAAGCAUCACAUGUGCUGCGGGAAGGAGAAAAUAUCAGAUACACAAAAAGACUGGAAAUUCUUUGAGUCCUUUUAUACUUUUUGUACCUACGUAGCCUGGAUUGUCUUCCGGCGUCAACACUUCGCAGAGAUUGAAGAGGAAAUAGGAAGGCUCUUUCGUUCCAACAUGUUUAACAUUCCUCGAAGGAAGCGUGAGGAUGAAGAAUCAGGAGGAGAAAAGAAACGCAUGACUUUUGUACAAUUCAGGAGAAUGAUGGCAAAACGCCCAGCGAUUAAAAAAGCCAUUAACAUGCGCUCUCCAGUCAUGUCUACUCUGCUGCCCUCUCUCAAGGAGAAAGUUCAGAAUAUCUCUGAGAAGAAGUACCAUCAAGCAGGCAUCAAACUCCCAGCCCGGAUGCAAGAGCACGGGGACAACCUGGACUCUGUGCACAUGCCAGUAGUUGGCAUCUUGGGGGAGCCUAGAUGUCUGUUCAACCCCCAUACCCUUAUCCCCCUCGAUCCAGAAGAAAGCAUGAAGUCGUCGGGGAGACAAUCUUCCCUGAUAGAAAGGAAUAACAUGAGGAUUCAGGAUACACUGGACUUGGUCAUGAGAACACUGUCAUCUCAAACAACAUUCCCUAAAUAAUCUGGUACAUUCCUUUUCUGUAAUUAAGUUCCUGUAUUUGAAAUAAACUAUUUUGGCUUAAUCACUUUGCACAAGACUAAUAGAACAACUUUAAACGUUGUUCAAAUUAUUUGGCUGAAAGUUCAACAAUAGACUAUUAAGAAUCACAGAAAGCUUUUUAAAAGCUCAUUUUCCCAUAUUUAAUAGUUUGCUUUGUUAUUUAUUUACUUCCUUGGCUUUUAUGUGAAUAUUUCAAGUAAUGCAUUAGGACCUGUAGCCAGUGUGCUAGUGGGCUAGUGAAGAAAAAGUCUGUUUAUUCGUCUCUAAGUUCCUUUUCAUUUUAUGAGAGAGUGUUUUUGGUACAUUUGAAAACAAAAUUUCAUAACAAGGCAAAUUAAAAUAUUUUAAACAU